UUCUUAUCCUACCAAACCUCAAAAGCAACAAAAUAUCUAAGAAACCGUAAGCGAGAAGAAAAGAUGACGUCGACGGAGAUGAAAGCUGUGAAAGGGCUCGACUUGGAGAGAUACAUGGGCCGUUGGUACGAGAUUGCUUCUUUCCCUUCCAGGUUCCAGCCCAAAGACGGUGUCGACACUCGCGCCACGUACACUCUUAACCCCGACGGCACGGUGCACGUCUUGAACGAGACGUGGAACGGAGGCAAGAGAGGUUUCAUCCAAGGCUCAGCUUACAAAGCUGAUCCAAAGAGCGAUGAGGCCAAGCUUAAAGUCAAGUUCUUUGUCCCUCCUUUCCUUCCCGUUAUUCCCGUCACGGGGGAUUACUGGGUGUUGUAUAUUGAUCCUGAGUACCAGCAUGCCGUCAUCGGACAGCCUUCGAGGAGUUAUCUUUGGAUACUGAGCAGGACGGCGCAUAUGGAGGAAGAGACGUACAAGCAGCUGGUGGAGAAGGCGGUGGAGGAAGGGUACGAUGUCAGCAAGCUUCACAAGACUCCUCAGAGCGACACACCACCUGAGUCCAACACUGCCCCUGACGACACCAAGGGUGUCUGGUGGCUCAAGUCUAUCUUCGGCAAGUAGAUACACAUGGACGCAAAAGGAGACUUGUUUCAUCUCUUUUUGCUACCUUUGUUUGUGUAAUAUGCGACC